UCAACCAACAAUGCUUGGAUUAUACCCUGAAAUUGAGCCCUUUGACGAAGGCACGUUGCUAGUCAGCGACAUUCAUACGCUCUACUACGAGCAAUCCGGCAAGCCUGACGGAAAGCCCGUGGUGUAUUUGCACGGCGGCCCCGGUGGUGGAACCUCGGCAUUAGACCGUCGCUAUUUUGACCCGGAGGUGUAUCGUAUCGUUCUCUUCGACCAGCGUGGAUCUGGAAAGUCGGAGCCUUCUGCGGAAUUGAGGGAGAAUACGACAUGGGAUAUCGUUGAAGACAUCGAGAAGCUUCGGAAACAUUUUGGGAUUGACAAGUGGGUGGUCUUCGGAGGAUCAUGGGGAUCGACGUUGGCGUUGAGCUACGCCCAGACUCAUCCCGAUCGUGUGAAGGCACUAAUUCUGAGAGGAAUCUUCACGCUGCGCAAGAAGGAGCUGGACUUCUUCUACCAAUUCGGUACCUCCAUGCUCUUCCCCGAAGCGUGGGACGCGUACACAUCCGUCAUCCCAGAAUCUGAAAGAGAUGAUUUCGUAUCCGCAUACUACAAGAGAUUGACCUCAGACGACGAAGAAGAGAGGUCGAAGGCUGCUUGUGCGUGGUCAACCUGGGAAGUUUCGACAUCACGUCUCCAACCCGACCCAGACCUCAUCGCCAAAGCCUCCAACGAUAAAUGGGCUCUAGCCUUUGCGCGUAUUGAGGCGCACUACUUCAAACAUGCAGGAUUCUUUCCUCGGGACGGGUACCUUCUCGAAGAUGAGCAGAUUGCGAAGAUGAAGGGUAUCCCGGCUGUGAUCGUACAGGGGAGGUACGAUGUCGUUUGCCCAGCUUCGACGGCCUGGACGUUACAUAAGAAGUGGGAGGGUAGUGAGAUUUACUUUGUGGGAGAUGCUGGGCAUUCUGCGAAGGAGGAAGGAAUUGCGAGUAAGUUGGUGGAGGCUGCGGAUAAGUUCAAGGAGCUUUAGACGGAGUUCUCGGAGGGUUAAGGGCCUCU